UGCUAUUUAUUAGGAUAGAGCUGUGUUAGUGGACAAAUAUUACAAAGUAACUGUAUGUCUUUAGAUUUGGAGAGGCUUAUUCGUCCGAAUAUUUUGAACUUAGUUCCUUACCGCUGUGCAAGAGAUGAAUACAAGAAAGGCAUUUUACUGGAUUCUAACGAGAACAGCUUUGGGUCUGUGCUGUCGGUCGAGCAGGAAGACGGUCAGGAGUUGCAUCGGUACCCGUUUGCUUAUGCAGAGUUGAAGAAGAAAAUUGCGAAGUUUAGGGGAAUUCGAGUUGAACAAAUUUUCACUGGAGUGGGCAGCGACGAAGCAAUCGAUAGCACAAUCCGAAUUUUCUGCAGUCCCGGCAAAGAAUCAAUUAUUGUUACACCACCUACAUUCAGCGUGUACAAAGUCCGAGGAGACAUCAACGAUGCAAAAGUUAUCUCCGUCCCUCUUACACCAGACUAUCAACUGAACAUGGACAAACUGAAGAAAGCCAUCACACCAGAAGUGAAAGUCAUCUUUAUAUGUUCACCAGGGAACCCAACAGGAGUAAGGAUUCCCCGAGAAGACAUCAUUGAGCUGUUGGAGAGUGAUUACAAGGGCAUGGUUGCACUGGAUGAGGCGUAUGUUGACUUCAGUACGUCUCCGAGUGAUUGCGAUUUAGUAGACAAAUAUCCAAAUCUUGUAGUGCUCCAAACAAUGUCAAAAUCAUUCGGUUUAGCUGGCAUCAGGCUUGGUUGGGCUAUUGCACACCCGUCUGUAAUCGACGUUUUCAACAAGGUGAAAACCCCAUAUAAUUUGAGUACAAUGACAGCAAAGAUGGGCAUGGAUGCGCUCGAGCUUGUAGAUGAGAUGCACCAACGAGUGAAGCAAGUUCAACAAGAAAGGGAUAAGCUCAUGGAAUCAAUGAGACAGACACCAGAAGUGAAGAACGUUCGCUCCUCUGAAGCAAAUUUCUUUCUGGCGGAGAUUGAGCAUGCACAUGAGGUCUAUAGAAUGAUGGCCGACAAGGGAGUGGUGGUGCAAUACAAAGGGAAAGAACCUCAUUGCAAAGACUGCCUUCGUGUCACUGUGGGCACACCGGAAGAAAACAAAGUGUUGCUGGAGACACUGAAGGACGUGUGCAAGUUGGUGGCCGAACAGCACGCUGACGAUGCAACAGAAAAUAAAACAAAGAAAAGAAAAACUGAUCAGUGAACGGUGACAAUAGACGUGGACGAGUUCACAGUAAAACGUCGACAUUACUGUGAACGUGCCCGUAUGGCUUAGUCUAGUUUUUUUUAUAUACAAAAUGUUGUCUCUGAUACAGUAUGGCUUUUUUGAAUUGGGAUUCAGUUGUCUUUGCUUAUUGUAUAGAAACAGGCACACACCGUGAUGCAAA